UAGGCCCUAGGCUAAGCUAGAAUCAUAGAGUGAACCACACACACAAUAGCCUAGUUCUGCCCCAGACUACACACUACACUACAUUAGAUCUAGACCUAGAUUCUAGAAUCUAAAUUCUCUAACACACAGCAUUAUGAUGAUGAUGACCCUCUGUGUGACUCGGCAGUCGACAGCAUGAGCAGCAGUGUGAUGAAACAGCUGAUCAGUAUUAGUAUCAGGACUCUGGACUCCCCCCUCCGCCACCUCCGCCUGCUGUCAACUUUGAGUUCACCAAAACAGCAUUCUUCUUGUGAUUACACAGCUAAAUCUAGAUUUAGACCAUCUAGGUUUUCUGUGAGAACAAGAAACAUGAGUACAAGAGCCAAAAAGGACCUAUCAUUCUGGCAGGAUAACUUCAAGCAAUGGACAGUUAAGGAUAUUUCGGUCAUCCAAGAACCUUACUCUGCCACGCUGAGGGUUCCUGGUUUGACUCCCGAGAGCUUCAACCGAUAUGCUAACCCACAGGCACAGAGCCUGCUCUUCGUUGCCUUGUCUGCCCGUGUUUUCAUGUUCCACGAACCUUACAAUGAUGCUGGUGAUAUAUUCAUGGAUUGGGCUCGAACCACGUCAGACCGUCUUAUAUUCAUAUCUUCAACUGAAGUGAGUUUUUCAAGGGCCUUGUAUGAUCCAGAAGUGAAGAAAACUGAACUUGAUGUCAAAAUCAAACUGGGUUACGUGGGAAAUGCCUCAGUUGCCAUGGUCACAGAACUGUAUUCCCCUGACAACAAGGAUGAGCCAAUAUGCUCCCAGGUUGCUCAAACUGUGUCGAUAGACAAGAGCACAAGGAAACCCACGCCAUUCCAGGAUUGGUUCAGAGACAAGUUUGUGGGGAGAGGUAUACGAGACAGGGGUCUCGUCAUUCGACCUUUUGAAAGGCCAGAAAAUGCAUUCCCUUACGAACUCAAGGUUCGAUGGAGUGACACAGAUGGUUAUAACCAUGUCAACGCCUUAAAGUACAUCACAUUUGCCGAGGAUGCUGUGCAUGCUGCUUUGGUUCACUCUGAAAGUGGGGAGAAGACUCACAACACUGCUCUGAGAGGCCUUACAGAGGACUUUCUGAUUAACGGUUUCAAGAGUAUGCAGAUUUCAUUUCAGAAUGAGAGUUUGGAGGGUGAGAAUCUUGUGGCUUACGUGUGGCAGCCGGAAGAGGAGGAUCCUUCUGUCGUUAAAUGUUCUAUAGAGAGGAAUGAUCAAAGGAUUUGCCAGCUUCGAUUUGAGUAUUAUGACUAGAAUGUGAUAGAAGGAUACUUUGAGGCAACGGGCCAUAGCGUGCAGUAACUUUGUGAUCUUCUUCUUUUUCUUCUUCUUCUUCUUUUUCUCCUUCUUCUCUUCCUCCUCCUCCUCCUCCUCCU